AUGUUUACAGACGGUCCCGGUACCUCCAUAGCUCUGUCCUCGUCGGACACUACCUACACCAGGACAGAGGGGGACACGUUACCGGACAUCACCUGUACAGCGGACUGUAGACCUGGCUGUACCUUUGUCUGGACACGACCGGACAACACCAACUUUACUGUCUCACCUGUGUUGUCACUAGGACAACUGGACAGAUCAGAACACGGGACUUACAGGUGUACUGCCUGGAAUGCUAUCGGGGAGUCGACUUUAACAGUCAGUGUUACUGUACAGUAUGGACCUGGAGACAGUACUGUAUUUGAUCCACCACAAGACAGUGUAGACAUUAUUGAGAAUCAGACCAUCUCAGAUGUCAGGUGUUCCGCCGACUGUAGACCAGCGUGUACCUACACCUGGUCUAGAUCAGGUACAUAUUACACAAACCCACUGAGUCUGUCUGUGGCCACGAGGAACAACGCCGGACAAUAUACGUGUACAGCCAGAAACACUGUCAGUCAGGGAACAAAGACUUGGGACCUUAUUGUCAGAUUUCCACCACGAAUUCUCAGUCUUGAUUACACUGACGGUGAUUCUGACGUGGCUGAACAUAGACCCAAGUCGCUGGUGUGUUCGGUGGAGAGUUUCCCUCCGUCCACAAUACAGUGGUUCUAUAAAGUCAACAACACAGUUCUACUGACCACCCCAGACGUCCUGGAGAGUACCUACACCCUGACUAACGCUGACUGUCUGGACACCGGACUCUACACUUGUUCUGUCAGGAACAGUGUCUCUAACACAGCGGUCACCAGGGAUAUACCGGUCAACGUACUGUGUAAACCACGUAAGGAUCCAAGAGUUAAACUUAAUAACACUUUUGGAUUAGCAACAGCUGAGACUUUAGUCAUGAAUGCUAUGUUCCUCUCGAAUCCGGAACCAACUUUUUAUUGGUCUUUCGAAACAACUGCAGGCACGGGUGUUGUAAAUCUUGUCAAUGGCGGAGACAAUUUUGAUUUUCAAAAUAUGUUCACAUCGACCAAUCUGUCUGCCGUAUCAGUCGGGACACGAAAGAAUAUACAAGCGUCCUGGUUUGGUGUCUACAAUGUAACGGCGACGAACAGUCAGGGCAGUGAAACACUCAGUUUUACUGCUGCAGCUAAAGGAAAACCAGACCCUCCGUAUGGGGGUAUAGCCAUAUGCCCUUUUGAAGAUCGAGCUACGCUGAGUUGGACAUCAGGAUUCAAUGGAGGGUCCAGUCAAAUAUUUAUAGUUGGUAUACGGACAGAUACGCAGAACAGCAUAACAAUCGACAGAAAUAUUAACCAGUCUGACCCAGGACGUGGCCAAAGUGUUACUACAACAGUUACAGGUCUGACAGCUGACAAAAAGCAUUUCUUCACUGUAUAUACUGUUAAUGAAUUUGGGAACUCAUCUUUACUCGAGGAAGUUAACUGUACAACACAAGCCAGACCUGCUGCUGGAAGUUCUCUUACAGGACCGAUCAUCGGGGCAGGUUGUGGAGUUGUUGUUGUACUGAUUGUGAUAGCCGCUGUCAUUGUAAUCAAGAGACGGAACUCUGGAAAAAAGAGCCGAUGUGAUGACGGAGACAUGGUGGGGAUUGAUAACAGAUCUGCUGAUGAUGAUAGUGAAGGUGGAUUGAAACCAAACAUUCUGUGUGAAUCAGCUGACGGAAAACCCGAUGGAAAUAAUGAAAGAUCUCCAUAUCAACAACUUGAUCCAAAUGACAUUGCUAAGCCGUCCGUAUAUUCUGAACUGGGAGGGAUUCAGCACAUUUACCAAAACGAUACCGUCGGUGAUGGAGAGGGCGGACAGUACCAGUCUUUGGAGGAACGCUCCGAUCCGAACGUCUAUGAUGAACUUCACAGUUCAGCAUCCGGCGAUAAAGGAACAUAUGUCAAUACCGUCAUCGGCGGAAACAGGAAAUAUUGAUACGGACGAGAAAACGUGUACAGAAGACAUACAACAUGUCGUAUGGCAUACUGAAUUGUAUGUAAAUUAAACAGAAAUAUUUGUAAUCUGCUAAGGACCGCGUCUGAAAUGUCCUGGAUUUGGAUAGAAUAAAUAUUGCCAGCUUCUAAUCAGGCAAAAUAAGUACGUCGACAGAUGAAGAUCAUAACCAGUAUAAAAGAACAGGAUACGAAUGUUGUUUUGUUACAAAACGUUAUACCUUUGUAGCCGCUGACUUGUCAACUGUAUAUCAUAGAACAAAACAGCGCUGUAGGAAGGUGGUACUUACCCAGUCAUCCCGUCAAUGUAUCCAGUGUCUGUACAUUAACAUGAAACUAUAUCGGGAAUACCUCAAUAACUGUUUGAUGUUUUACAUUCGACAAGUUGUUACAUUUUGCAGCCAGUUAAAGAUUCACUACUGUUAAAUAACAAUUCAACUUGGUUUUACUGAUUUUCCGUAUCAUGCUAAAGUUCCCUUCUUUUCUGAACUUGUGCCUAUUCCAAGACUAUAUAACUAAAAUAUGAAAUGCUGCCAUUCUUAAAGAAACGGAUUGAUCAAGUCCAAUAGUGACAUUGUAAACAUUUUAAGAAUGUUGACCGGCAUUCAAAAACAACGGUAGAUAAUUCGUAGUAGAAAAGCCAUCACAUUGAGAAACACACUUGAAGACAUACAUAUAGCUUUUAAGCACCGAUAUUACAUAGAGAGAUGUGAGAAGUGACUUUCCGUAUUCAUUGUUUGCUUAACAAAAAUAAAAUAUAGUCAUUAUUGUAGUACUUUUUCAU